AUGUCGUAUAAGCUCACUAUUACUCCUGUAAGACCUGCUGACAUCCCAUCGGAAGAGACCAUCCUUGCUCUCGCCAACGAGCUCAUCGAAUCGACGAAAACAUGGAAGAAGGGCAAAUCCUUCGCGAAGGACACCGUUCAGACGUAUUCCCGCCCGAAAGGUCCUGGCGACGGAGCGAACUGGCAUUGCAGACUGAGCGAGCAUACAUCAGAAGAUGCAACCUUUGACGAAUUUUGGAGCAAACUAGGCCAGAAUAAGGCUCAGAACGAGAAAGAGUUCAUUGAUCAGAUCAAGAAAAUAGCUGAAGUGAAACAGAUUUCUCCUACACAGUCUAUUUGGACACUGUACUACACUUUCCCUCCGCCGGUCUCCCCACGAAUCUUCACAGUCUUGCAAACCACCUAUGUGAGCCAGUCGUCUCCAAAGACUGGACUCAUUGUCUCCAUACCCAUGGACUUGUCUGGUCCUGGGGAUGAAGAGCUUGCUAAGAUCGAGGAAAAGGGCACGAAAGGACGAUAUGUAUCAGUUGAACGUCUCUUGGAGCUCGAGAACGGCAAAGUAGAAUGGCGUAUGGCUACAUCUAGCUCCCCAGGAGGCAACAUUCCCCAAUUCAUCGCCGAAUCAAGUAUGCCUGGCCAGAUAUCAGCGGAUGUUCCGCACUUCCUCAAAUGGUUCCACACCGUUCGUGACAAAGCCGCGCAGGCUUAG